AUGCUCCCCCCGUCAAUUCAUGAUAUGGAACUUGACCUGGUUGACGGACUUCGGGUCCCACAACUUCUCGAUCAAGGAACCUGUUACACUUAUGAUGAUAUCAUCUUCCAUCCCGGAUACAUAAAUUUCGCCGCGGAUGAGGUGAAACUGGGAACAAACGUAACGAAGAAUAUUGCAAUACGAACACCGAUUGUGAGUUCGCCCAUGGACACUGUGACUGAAUCGAAUAUGGCAAUUGCUAUGGCAAAGCUCGGAGGGAUUGGAUUUUUACACUACAACUCAAAGAUAGAAGAGCAAGUCUUCCAUGCAAGAUGUGUGAAAAAGCACAGAGCGGAUUUUCUUACUGACCCCUUGAUUCUUCAGCCCAGUUCUACUCUGUUUGAAUUUGAUCAAAUACGAGAAAGAUCAAAACAUACUUUUGCUUGUAUUUGUGAAGCGGACUGUAUUGGCUCGAAGUUAUUGGGGUUGGUUACUGCAACCGACCAUGAAUUACUGAAAGACCGAUCGUUGGAACUCGGUAGUGUCAUGACUAGCGUUUGCGAUUUAGUAACUGCUGAGUUAAUGGAGGAUUCCGAAAGUUUUGAAAAAGUUUUGAUUGAGAGUAAGAAAGGAAAACUUCCUAUCCUGAAUGACUCAGGAGAGCUCAUUGCAGUAGUUACUGGCUCUACAUUGAAAAAGAAAUUAAUCAACCCCUCACCUGGUGUACCAUCUACUGAUCGAUCAGGAAAGUUACUAUGCGGCGCUGCCAUCGGAACGCGCGAAAGUGACCGUGAACGUGCAAUUGCCUUGGCUGAAGCUGGUGUUGAUGCCAUCAUUCUGGACUCUUCUCAGGGUGACUCUGUCUAUCAGCUAGAAAUGCUUCAGUAUCUGAAGAAGGUAAUUCCAGAAGUAGAUAUUAUUGCCGGAAAUGUCGUAACACAGGUCCAAGCUGCUCAUUUAAUCAAAGCUGGUGCAGACAGUCUUCGCGUCGGAAUGGGUUCAGGUAGUAUUUGUACAACGCAGGAAGUAUGUGCAGUAGGAAGGGGACAAGCUACAGCUGUGUUUAAGGUGGCGAAUUUGGCGUCUAAAUGUAAUAUUCCAGUUAUUGCAGAUGGUGGUAUUCAAAAUAGUGGCCACAUUGUGAAAGCUUUGGCACUUGGAGCUAGUGCUGUCAUGUGUGGAUCGAUGUUCGCUGGAACUACUGAGGCACCAGGUGAAUACUUUUUUCAAGAUGGAGUUCGAUUGAAGAAAUACAGAGGGAUGGGAAGUUUAGAAGCAAUGUUGAAAGGAAGCGAUUCGCGCUAUUUAAGUAGCAGCGCACACUUAAAGAUAGCGCAAGGUGUUUCGGGCACAGUAAAAGACAAAGGAUCGGUUCUACGCAUGGUUCCUUAUCUCACGCACGCUGUUAAACAGGGAUUUCAGGAUCUUGGUGCAAACAGCUUAGAAAAAGCCAACAUUUUGCGUAACUCUGGUGACAUGCGUGUAGAGACUCGCACGAACUCUGCUCAGCUUGAAGGUGGAGUUCAUGAUCUACACAGUUACUCAAAGCAACUGUGGUGA